AUGAUAGAGGACAUUGAUUAUUAUUAUCCAAAUCCUAAACCUAAAUGUUCUGAAGGAUAUGAUAUUGAAGAAAUUGAAGCACCAGACACUGUAUAUAUAGUUGUAUCAAAAGUAUUAAUGUAUGGAGUAUUUGUACUUACUACGAUAGGAACAGUACAAACAUAUUUUGGAAACAAUUUGGUCAUUACUAUUGGAGAUUUGAUUGGGCUAAUGCUCUUCAUUUUAUUAACGUAUUGUCAUUAUAAAGUUAUACAUACAUCUCCUGGUAUUGUACAAAAUUAUAUACCUGUUGCCUCACAACAAGAAUUAAAUGAAGCUAUUGAAAGAGUGAAAAAAGGAAAUCGUAGUGGUUGUAAAACUUGUGACAUUUGUUAUCGUGUCAGAUGGUGUAGUAAAUGUAAAAAAUUUCGACCUCCACGAUCUUAUCAUUGUAAAAAAUGUGGUUAUUGUAUUGAAAAACGAGAUCACCAUUGCCCAUGGGUUUCAAACUGUAUUGGAAAAAAUAAUAUGAAAUUUUUUGUUCAAUUUAUAUUUUAUGCGUCAUUAGCACUAUUGCUUGCUUCAGUUAUAAAUGGAUUUUCAAUCUUUCAUGCUGUUAUACAUUAUGAUUUAUUACAUGGAUCAUUUAAUUGGUCAAUAAUUACGUUAAUUGUUCCAUCGGCUGUAGGAAUGGCAAUUGGAUUAGCCUUAUUUGCAGGGAUGUUAGUACUGUUAAUAAAUUACCUCAUAGCAAUUAUGCACAACGAGACUUCUAUGGAAUCUAUUGAAAUUGCAAGAUUAUUGAAAGUUAAUAAAGGAAAACGAGAUCUUGUUUUUGAAAAUAUUCCAUCUUAUAACAGGGGUGUAUUUAAUAAUAUUAAAGAAACUAUGGGACCUACAGUAUUUGAUUGGUUUAUACCAUCACAACGAAGAAGUAAUGAGUUAGAACUUUAA